AUGAAAAACCGGCCAAGAAAGAUUGGACAACCUACUUUAAGAAAUAAAAAUGAUGCAAUCAAUGCCUCCAGAUCAAGCUUCGACAAUGGAACAGCGACGGGAAUUUUACGAAGUACAGGAACAGUUAUAACGUCAGCGAUGUAUGUGAACGCGACUAAUCAUGAACUAUUGCGACUCUCACAAGAGUUAUUUCGACCAAAGGAACCGAUGAGACCCACGUCUCAUCUCACGGUCAAUCUUCCACGAUUGUCGUUAUCCACAUUUAGUGGAGAUCUAAGACAAUGGCGGCAGUUUUGGAAUAGUUUCAAUGCUGCAGUUCAUUCACAAUCAAUCCCGGAAAUUCAAAAGUUGAAUGUGGAAGACGAGAUCCCUGAUUACCCAUACUUAAGUGUUUAUAUACCCAACAUUGAGGGUGGUACCAGAAUGGUAGAUCAUGGGAAAGGAGAGGAUUGUAUGACUACUUGAGAAAGCCUGAAACAUUUGAGUAUUGAAACUUCAAUAGAGAACAAAUUACCACGUUGGAUUUUAAACCAGAUAUAUCAAAAGAAAACAGAUACACAUUGGUCAGUUCCGAAACAAUCUAAGCCGGGCAAAACUUCCGAAGCAACUUUGGAAACACAAUCCAAGACACCAAGGAAAGUGAGUAUAUUAAUGAAAAGUGAAAAAUGUUCAACAGCUACUUACAAUUCAACUCUUCCAACUCAAACAGAUACAGUAAGGAAAAGACAAGGAAAGAAAAGUCAACUUUUAUGCACCAAAAAAAGCGGUUUGCUAAAGCAAGGAGAGCUAAGAAAUGACGGCAAAAUAAUGACCAUGGCUAAUAAUAAUGGAACGGACAAAAGACGGUUCAAAUGUGAUGUUUGUGAUAAGCAAUUUGAACGUGCAGAAUAG